AUGAACCCAUCGGGGAUGCAAAGAAAAGCACCUCCGUGGAGAUGGAGACACCGCAAUCGAGCACUGUCGACUCACAAGAUGAACAAAAUGGUGAUGUCAGAAGAACAGAUGAAGUUGCCAUCCACCAAGAAGGCAGAGCCGCCGACUUGGGCACAACUAAAGAAGCUGACGCAGUUAGCUACAAAAUGUCUAGAGAACACAAAGAUGACACAAACUCUGGAGAGUAUGCUGCUUGCAGAAUUGAUGAUUGUAUCAACGGUGUCUGCAGGUGUACCCAACAGCUCCGAAGAGACAGCGACCAUCGAGAACGGGCCAUGAUGACGAUGGCGGUUUUGUCGAAAAGAAAAGGGGGAAAUGUGGGGA